GUUUUCAAUGACCAACAAGUUCUAUGGAGCCUCAGCUAGAAAUUGGUCCACUUUAGAUUCAGUCGAGAUUAUACAAGAUGGAGAUAAAUCUGCUAAGUUUAAUGUUUCUGUCAUCUCUGCUCCUGCAGAGUAUUCAUUUCAUUGUCAGCUGGUGGGAACAGGCGAUCUCUAUCCUGCAAGGCUGAUUCCAUCCAACAACGAGGCAAAAAACUGGGAAGUUUUCAUUUCCAGGUUACAAAUUCAAGGAUUCAACAUUGAAAACAACCACUUUUCCUAUGCAAGUGACUGUACAGGUUUCUUCACUCCUGGAAUCUGGAUGGGCUUGGUGACAUCUGUAGUUUUACUGUGGAUCCUGGCCUAUGGAAUCCAUAUGAUCAUGCAGCUCACAACAAACAGCAGAUUUGAUGAUCCCAAAGGUCCAGCUUUGUCAGUUCCUCAGACAGAAUAGUCAUGGAUUGACUUAGUAUUGCUAUGGCUUUUCCUAAUCUGAUAUUUAUGAUUUUUAUAGCCUUUCUACUUCAUG